AUGGAGUCUCAGGAGGACGGUGGUGCGCAGGAAUCGACGAAUACAGAUACCAGAGCCUAUUUAGACCGUACUGUUGUCCCAGUGUUAUUGAAAGGCCUAAACAUGAUAGCUAAAGAAAGACCACCAAACCCUAUUGAGGCGCUUGCAACAUUUUUGAUGCAGCAUAAAGAAGAAACAGAGAACGGGUAA